GAAUCGAUCAAACGAUCAGUUUAUAGACGCAUUAAUUAUGUACAAUUACUUAUAUAGUCGGAUAAGUCGUAUGAUACGUCUUUUCAAUUGUAGAUAAAUGGUUUUGGUAUCAUAAGCUGUAGCAAAGCUUAUAUGACCAACAGAAUUUCGAAUUGGUUGCACGUCACUGGACCAACAUGUAACAUCGAUACCAUGUGCAGCUCAAGUCUAUUUGCGAUGGAACACGCAUAUAGAGCUAUACAUAACGGACAAUGCGAUUACGCGAUCGUCGCUGGAUCAAAUCUUUGCCUUCAUCCAUUCCUAACUUUGCAAUUUAAACGUUUAGGAAUAUUGUCUGAGGAUGUUCGUUGCAAGUGUUUCGACGAAGAUGCAGAUGGUUACGUGCGCAGCGAAGCCGUAGUUGUUAUAUUUCUGCAAAAAGGAAAAAAAUGCUAAAAGAAUCUAUGCAACAGUUAUCCAUGCGAAAACUAAUUGCGAUGGUUAUAAGAAA